CGUCUUUCAUUGAAAUAUAUAAAACAUAUCGUAAAUUUGAAAAAAAAAAGGAAAAUAUAAUAGAAAAGGAAGAUUAUUGGUAAGAAAAGCACGUUGUUCUUUCUCACUGGCGUCAUAUCGUAUUUUCCCUCGCUUUUUCUCCCCCAAAGCCUCAGCUCUCCGCAUUCACCUUCUCUCUUUGACUGACGCCCACGCACGCAUACGGAAGAGAAGAGUGAGAGAGGGAGAAAGCGUGGGCGCUUGCGUGAUCACGUGUGACUGCAGCCAAUGCGCGGCGCAUUUGCUUGCAACAAAGAAGAGUUACGGGGAAAAGCCGGCGAGGAGUAAACAACCAGUGGAACUGACGCAAUUUAGUCUUCGAUGUACAUAAUUAAUACUUUGCUGGUUGAGAAGAAAAGUAUUUAAUGUGGAUAUUCAAAUAGAGUUAGAAAGUUGAAAAAGUGGAGAUCGAUCGAAGUAUCGUAUAAUAAAGUUAAUUUUAAAUAGAAACAAAUAAUAGAGAAAAUGCGAAUAAUGUUUUUGACCCAUUGGAUUAUUGGGGCUAACGCGAUGGCGUUUAUGACGUUAAUAUUAAUGACCCUUCUUAUGUUCGGACCAGCGGCAUUGUCCUUCGUAUUGGAUGGCUCCUCAACGAGUUACGCACAGUUCCGAAAGUGGAACGCAGCAUUGAACGGUAGCCUCGAAUUCGAAUUCAAGACCGAACAGGGUAAUGGUUUGUUACUUUACACCGAUGACGGUGGUACCUACGAUUUCUUCGAAGUUAAGCUUGUCGAAAGCGCGUUACGACUCAGAUAUAACCUCGGUGGAGGCGCGCAGAUCGUCACCGUGGGCCACGACCUCGGUGACGGUCACUGGCACAAGGUACAGAUAAGCAGAUCUAACGAGAAUACCACGCUUACGGUUGAUGGUGUUAGCGCAAUCUCAACUUCCCGCGGAAAGGAAUUUGAAUUUGGAAAGUUAUCCGGUAACUCGGACGUUUACGUCGGUGGUAUGCCCGGUUGGUACAACAGCAAGCUUACCCUCUUAGCACUGCCUAGUGUCAUCUUUGAACCAAGAUUCAAUGGAUUCAUCAGAAAUCUUGUCUAUGCUGAUCCUGAGAGUUCUCUACCUAGGAGGCAGGAAAUGAAGAGCCGCGAUACCAAGUGUGGCAACUUCCCGUGCGUCGAAAGCGUCAACAAGCGAAAAUCACCGAGGAGCUUACGGAACUCGAUGACAGGCAACACGACGGACGCAUGCGAGACGCGAGAUCCUUGUCAACAUGGUGGAAUCUGCAUUUCAACGGAUAGCGGACCCAUCUGCGAAUGCCGUUCCGGUGAUUACGAGGGUGCUUACUGUGAAAAAGAAGCAUGGAGUACGGUGCUGCCCACGGCCGGUGCUGCCGAUUACUGGGAUUACAAUAAAGCACCUUCGGAGGCUUCGUUCCGUGGAACGGAAUAUUUAACGAUAGAUCUGAGCAAAGGAGACCCCAUUUUCAGUACGCAGGAAUUCGUUGGACUUCAAUUCAAAACGAGACAACCUAAUGGACUUUUAUUUUAUUCCGGUGUGGGAGACGAUUACCUAACCGUGUCUCUAAGGGACGGUGGUGUCGCCGUUGGGAUGACUUUGGCCAAAGGGAGACUCGAUCUACAUAUCAAACCAUCCAGAAUCAGGUUCGACGACAACCAGUGGCAUAAAAUUGUCGUUCAUAGGAGAGUUCAAGAGAUCUCCUCCAUCACCAGCUUCUGCAGGCUUUCGGCCAUCGUCGAUGGAAUUUACGCGCAAAACGGACACACUGCAGGAUCGUUCACACGUUUAGCGAGUGAUAGACUUCUAGUUGGUGGUGGUGCUGAUGCGAGAUCUUUGCAAGGUGCCAAAGGGAUCAACAACUUUGUCGGCUGUCUAAGAAAGGUGGAAUUCAGCGCGGAAGGCGUCAAAAUGGAGUUAAUAGAAGCUGCUAGAAGUGGUGCAUCGGGUGCCGCAGCUUGGGGCAAAAUGGAUUUUCACUGUCGCGAACCAAGAGCCUCGGAUCCGAUCACCUUCACUACCAGAGAUUCUCAUCUCAAGGCUGCGGCGACUUUGGUUAAAUCGAGGCGACUUCACGGCGCCGUGGUCACCUUCACCAGCUCAGAGUCCCACCUGGUUCUUCCACCCUGGAAAGCUUCCAAAUCCGGGAGCCUAUCCUUCAAAAUUCGUACGAACGAGCCGAACGGACUAAUAAUGUAUAGUCGUAGCGGAGCACACACAAGGGAGGAUCUGUUCGCAUUCGAGAUUUUAGAUGGGCACCUUUACCUCCAUGUCGAUCUUGGAAGCGGAUCUGUAAAAGUGAAAGCAUCUAAGGAUCGAGUUGACGAUGGUGCAUGGCACGACGUGGCCUUACGACGAGUCGACAGAGAUGGUCGUGUCAUCGUUGACGACUCUACUGUUGAAUUUCAUACUCCAGGUGAUACCACCCAACUUGAUUUGGACGGAUUACUUUACAUCGGUGGAGUUGGUGCACCCUUCGCACCAUUGACCGUUCCACCUGUUUUAUGGACUGGUACUUUGCGACAGGGCUACGUUGGUUGCAUGAGGGAUCUCGUUAUAAAUGGCCAUCCUGUUGAUAUCGCUGGAUACGCGCAGCAACAAGAUUCAGGUGCCGUGAGGCCAGCUUGUCACGCUCAACCAUCCCUUCACUGUUCUUCGCAACCCUGUAUGCACGGUGGAUAUUGUCUCGAGGGUUGGAACAGAUUCCAUUGCGAUUGCACCGGAACGCCGUUUACCGGUCCCACUUGUGGAAAGGACGCAUCGACGUUGCAUUUAAACGGAACACAACAGAUGACCGCACUGAUGCCAGAUGAUUCGAGAACGCAAGCAGAAGAAGUUAUCGUGCGUUUCAAAACAACCAGGCCACGUGGUCUCCUAAUAGCAACGAGCUUGGAAAACAGCAGCGAUCGAUUACAAAUUUAUCUUGAGGAAGGCAAAGCAAAGAUGCUCAUUCAUAUAGGUGACAAGGAAAAGAGCUUAACGAUCGGACAGGGCCUGAACGACGACAUGUGGCACGUUUUGAGGUUCUCGAGAAGAGCAAACUUGUUACAAUUUCAAGUCGACGACGAAUCUGCUAUACAAGCUCAAGCACAACUAAGUAAACAAAGCAUUUUGCAAUUUCGAACACUUCACGUUGGUGGUUAUCUACACGCCGGUGAAGACAUCGCUCAUUUUGUUGGACAGCUUCAACAAAUCUGGUUCAAUGGUUACCCCUAUUUGGAGAUAGCCAGAAGUGCAGGUAGCCAUCAAAUUUCUCAUCAGGGUGUGACACCAAUCAUCAGAGUAACCGGAAAAUUUGGCAAGAGAAAUCAUCCUGUACAUCGUCCUGUGACCUUCACCUCAAAGCAUACGUAUGUUGGACUACCAGUAUUGAAGGCCUACGUAGAGACCAACAUCUAUUUUCAGUUUAAAACACGAGAACCAAAUGGAUUGAUCCUCUACAAUGCUGGAAGAGAACGUGACUUUAUAGCCGUCGAACUGGUGAACGAACAUAUUAAUUAUAUCUUUGAUUUGGGAGAUGGCCCAGUAAGAAUCAAGGACAAUUCUAAAAGCAAAUUGAAUGAUGGCAAAUGGCAUACGGUUAGCAUCGGAAGACCUGCACCUAAAAGGCACACCUUAGCAGUAGACGAUCACGUAACCGCUGCAAACAGCCAAGGUAGCAACGAGAAUCUUGACCUUGAUGGAAUAUUGUAUAUAGGUGGAGUCGACAAAAUAAUAUACAAUCAACUACCAAAACCAAUACUUAGCCGGCAUGGAUUCGAAGGUUGUUUGGCAUCAUUGGAUCUUAGCGGUGAAAGUACAGAUUUACUUUCUGAUGCCAUUGUACAAAGUUCUCUCGUCGAACCCGGAUGUGACGUAUACGCGAAUCUUCACGCUGGAAAAAAAUGCACUCACGAUGUAUGCGCAAAUCAUGGAACAUGUUUGCAACAAAGGAACAGUUAUACAUGCGAUUGCGAUAUGACCAGCUUUUCUGGACCUACUUGUAGCGAAGAGGCUGUGGCAUAUGAAUUUGGAGCAGGAAGAGGAAUCAUCACAUAUACAUUUCCAUUCGAUGAAAGACCGGAAAUGAAACAAGACACCGUCGCUUUUGGAUUUGUAACGGGAAUGAACGACGCGGUUCUACUUAGGAUAGAAUCUGCUUCUAGCAAUGAUUAUCUAGAAAUUGAAAUUGUUGAAGGAAACGUAUUUGCCGUUUAUAACAUGGGUACGAACGAUCAUCCAGUUGGAGAAGUGGGUGUCAAAGUGAACGACAAUCAAUACCACGUCGUUAGAUUCACAAGAAGUGGAGCGAACAGCACAUUGCAAGUUGACGAUUACAAUCUUCAAUCGAAUCAUCCGUCCGGCUACCAGCACUCGGUAUUCAACAGUCAAUCGACCAUACAAGUCGGUGGCAGAUGGAACCAAGACAAGGGAAGGGUCGAGAGACCAUUUUUGGGAGUUAUCGCGGGUCUUGUGGUCAAUAGUGAACGAAUCUUAGAACUGGCUGCUGCCAAGAACAGUCGAAUUACUACCAGAGGUGACGUUCAACUUUUACCUGCUGGAAGUCUCCUAGAUCGGGCUGCACCUUUGCAAAGAAUGCAGCAGACUCCAGCAUCUGGUUUCCCAGGCGUGAUGGACGAUCUAAUCUUUUCCGGUGCCGGAAGUGGAUGUGCCGGUGACGACGAAGACGAAGAAUGUACUCCCAUUUACGAGCCUGGUUCCGGUAAGUACGAUUUGAUAACACCGGUCUACGUGGCACCAACGAGAUUACCAACAACUUCGAGACCAAAACAUACCAAAGAUAAUAUUCAAGAACGACCCUCGUGCGAUGACGAAGAAGAGGAUUGUGAAGAAGGUUCAGGAGAACCUGGAACAACCGAGGAAAUAGUCGUCACUUCUACCACCGACACGAGCAGCCCAGUGACGUACACGACCCUGAGGGAAUAUUCCACGAGUCACAGCAGCACUCAACACAGUUCGACGACAUCCUCCUCCUCAUCUUUGUCACCAUCGACCCCAACACGGGAAUUCGUCACUGUUUCCGGGCAAUACAAUGGUUCUACAAUCGACACGGAAACUAGUCAUAGCAGUAGCAGUAGUGUGACGCCCCGAUCGACAACAGUGACAACGCAAACGAGUACAACAGAGAUGACGGACCCACCACCACCACCUCCGCCGCCAAUUUAUCCACCGAUGCCAACCCCGCCUAAAAACAAUAACAAAAACAAGAGGAUAACAUCGGAAACUGCGGAGAACGUUGCCCUGAUAAUUGGUAUUAUAGCGGGUGCCCUAAUCGCGAUAGUACUCAUCAUCCUGAUAAUACUGAAGUUUAAAAAUCGACCGGAAACCAGUUACAAGGUCGACGAGACAAAAACUUUUUGUCAGGAUCCAAAUGCUGCUUUGCUCGGACCAACUGGUUCGGGGCAGCCGUUUAACGGUGCACUCAAAAAUGGCGCAAACGGGAGUAAAACCAAUAAGAAACGAGAACUUAUAGACAUCAAGGAGUGGUAUGUGUAGGCCUAGCCAAUUGAAUGCGUGUAUCCUUCGAAUUGGACUGUAACUAAGAGAGAGAUUAAAGAGAAAACAAGAAAUUAGGAAACGGAUCGAGAGUGAACGAAUGAGAAAUAGAGAAAGAAAUAAGAGAGAAAGAAAGAAAGAAAGAAAGAAAGAAAGAAAGAAAGAAAGAAAAGAGAGAGAUAAUCUUAUCCAUCUUCCAUGUCCUACGGCAUUUGCCCUCGUACAAAAAUAAACCAACAAAUAUUCCUUUGAUCUAACUCUCAACAGAACUUAUAUUAUAAAAGGUGGAUUUUUACUUAGAAGAACAAAUUGGCGAGAUACCGUGUUACAUGUACUUGUCAAUUAACAUUCUUCGAUAUUUUCCAAUCACAAAAGAAAAAUCAAAGAUCAACAGGAUUCGCGUUUUCCAAAUUUACGAUCCACGAUCGCUGACACGAUGAUUAUCUUAACGCAUACAAUACAUAGUUGAAUUUUCCUCCGAAGAAAGCAAAUCUUUUGUUUAUUGUUAAAACGUAGUUGUGAAAGAUUAUAAACGAUAUAUGUGCGUGUGUAAGUUUUCAGUUUGAAGAGAAUAAUGUUGGAAAGAAUGUUGUAAACUGUAGAAAAUGAUGAAAGUAAUUAUAUAUGAAUGAUAGUGAAGAUGAUGAUGACAAGGAUGAAGAUGAAGAUGAUGAUACUACAUGGCGAUUAAAACUGCACUUAUUGUUGUAUAGAAAAAAAUACAUACAUAUAUAUAUACAUAUUAUAUGUAUGUAUACAUAAAUAUAUAUAUAUAUAUAUAUAUAUAUAUAUACAUACAUAUGAUAUUACCGGUUACGUUAUACGUGCAAAUUGUUUGUUAAAUGAUAGAUUUUAUUAAUAAAAAAAAAAAAACAAAGCAAAAGAAUAAGCAAGACAAAAAAAAGAAAAAGAGAGAACGAGAAAAGCGUUGUGUCUAUAUGAGUAGGCGUAAACGCGAUCAAAACUUCCGGUAUCGAUCGUGCGAUAGUUAAAACAUUACAGAUCUCAAAGAAACAUUAUAAAAUGGAAAUAACAUGAAAAAUAAAAAUAUGAAAAAGAAAGUUAUACUAUGAGAA